AUGAAGAAGAUCUACAUUGGCAAAACCGGCCUGAAGAGCUACAGGGCCGGCUGUAAGCACCAGAAGAAAAGCUCUCUACAGGAGCAGAAGGAGGAUCUGAGGAAGCGUCUGUCCUUCACCACUCAGAAGCUGGAGCUGUUGGAGAGUGAGUUUGACUCCACGCGGCAGUACCUCGAGACCGAACUGCGCAGAGCUCAGGAGGAACUCGACAAGUUCACUGAUAAACUGAGGAGAAUACAGAGCAGUUAUUCAGCGUUACAGAGGAUUAAUCAGGACCUGGAGGACAAAAUCCACCGAACUUCCCAACAUCAUGAUGAUGAGAAGCGAGCACUCAGUCAUGAGAUCAUUGUCCUUAACACACACCUGAUGGAGGCAAAGAUCACCAUCGAGAAGCUUAAAGAGGACAAUGAUUUAUACAGGAAGGACUGUAACCUGGCAGCUCAGCUCCUGCAGUGUAAUCAGUCUCAGUACAGAGCUCAGCUCUCUGAGUUGCCGGCGGAUUUUCUGGAGCGUCUGAGUCUGCACCUUGAGGAUUCCUCCCCGAUCUGUCGCUCGCCAUAUUCCGACCCCAUUCCCUCCUCUGUCAUGGGGAAUGUUUUGGAGAAACCAGAGGAAGCAUCUCGUUCCCCGAGUCCUACACGUCACGAGCUCCACGAGCCUCAUGAGCACCCGGGCUUCCUGAUUGGCACACCUGUGAGCGGAGACGAGCGUCUGGGUCUGAGUUUGAGGAGCGUGGCUAAGUGUGAUGUGUACAGCAGCGACACAGCGUUGUACUGCCCAGACGAACGUCGUCGUGAACGCAGGCCCAGUGUCGACCUGCACCGCUUCCCUCAUUUUAACACAUCUGUGGGCGGAGCCUCCAGCUCCUAUUCCAGUUUCAGUGGGGGCGGGUCUGAAGAAAAAGGGGCUGAGCCUCCUUACAGCACCACCUCCUCGCCUCAACACCAUGGGAUCUACAUGGAGUGGCGAGACGGUGUUGAGUAUGAGCACAAAAGUGACGAUUCCUGGGAAAGAGAAAGUCCGAGCGCCUUCAGCGCGUCUCACGCUUACCAAAACGGCGGCUCUCCUCUCUACAGUGGUGCAAUGUCAUGCUACAGCGAGCCCUACGAGCCCCUCCCACCGUCCACCUCGCCCAGCGUCAACUAUGGUGACAGUCGGCGUGGCAGUGCGCUGGUGCCAGAAGAGGAGGAGGAGCCAGAGGAGGAGCAGGAGGUGCUGAUUGGUCGAUGGAGGCGGUUGAGCGUAGAGGACGUCAGCGCUCACUCGUUCUGCAGCGCUGGACGCGCUUCACCAUAUAGCUUCUCUGAGCAGCACUUCUCUGUCCGACCUGCCAAGAUCCGGCUUGGCCCCCUCUAUAGCAGCUUCCAGGAGGGAAGUGAUGCCUAUAGGCACCAUGGCACCACCCUGCUGGAUCCAUUCUCCAGUACUGAUCUCCGGAAUACACACUUGUACAGCACUGAGGAUGAGAACCAGGAGGUGGAGCAGCAGGUGGCUGAACUUGAGCAAGAAUAUGAGGACGAAGAGGUGGAUGUGAGUCCCAACAGCUCCAAUGAGUCACUGGAAAUCGGAUCCAUGGAAAUCGGUGCUGAGCUUCAGUCGUUUCAGCCGGACCGGAUCAGCGCCUCUCCUCAGGAAACGAGUUCUCCUCCGACUCAGGCAGCAUCACAGUACCAAACGUUCACCACUCUGGGCCUGACGAGGAAGGACAGUCUCACGAAAGCGCAGCUCUACGGGACUCUGCUCAACUGAGGACCCUGUGAGGACUCGGGUUCCUCGAACACACCGGGAACAUUAUUUAUUUAACACAGAACAAAACAUUUACUUUAUGAGGAGGGCCUCAGCUCCACUUUAUUCUGAUCUUCUGAGGACCUGACUUCACUUUAUUCAGUUCGGGCCACACGUCUGAGUGCGCUACUGAGAACCGUUAUCUGUGUGACGCAGUGUUGUUUCUACUGAUUUUAGCCGAUCAGAACGCACAAUUUUGGAGUUAUGUUAUUAA